GAACGCGAGUGGAUUUUUUCAAAGAAACAGAAAAUUUAAAAAUCGUCGAUCUUUCAAGAAUUUUGAUAAGAAAAAAAUUUGUUCGACUAAAAGCAAAAAAAACAAAAAAAAAACAGCAAAAGUGAUGGCUAAUAAUUUGCAUAUAUUGUUGUUGAGUGUUUUGUUGUUGCAACAGUUCACCCGCUCGUCCGCCCUCUUCAUAUCACGCGAUCCCGAAUGCAAAAAUGCUGAUAACGAUACGGACGAGCCCAGCGAGAAAUGUUCGUUGAUGUUGCAUUUCCAACGCAAUCUUGGGAAAUAUCGCAAUUUCUAUGCGAAUCUACUGCAGGAGGAGAAUGCACAAUUCGCCACCGAGCUGCAAGAGCUCUACAACAUUGUUAGUUCGGCUUUGGAGGAGAAGGAUAUUAAGGAAGUGGAAAGACAAUUAUUAUACUCUGUAUGGCUGGUGGAGCGCACCAAAGAUUUGGAGGACUUUUUAAUUAUGAAAGGUAUUAAGAAUAUUAGGUAGAAAUGUUCAGAGGUUUACUUGAGAAUAGGCGGGUUAUGCAAUUUUUUAAGAAUUUUGUUGGUUUUAUGUUUACUCUUGAAUAGUCACUUAUUUAGAUGCCUACACACACACACACUCACAUAUCGAAAACAAACAAGAAAUCUGAAAAUACUCUUCAUAAAAAAUGUUCGCUUUUAUUCACAUUGCUACUAUUUUGUAUUUAUUUUUCACUAAUUUAUUGUAAUUAAUUUUAACUCAAAUAGUAUUAUGGGUGUUAUGACAAUGUUUUUAACUGUAAACCAUAGGAUUUUAAGCAAAUGCGAUCACUUCUUAUCGAACAACCAAAUUGUAUAUUGAAAUAAACAAACAAACAAAUUUAGAAAA